CUGAGACAGAUCACCUCACAGGAGAAAGGAUGCCUGUGCCCCCAGCCAUGCUGCGUGGUGGGCGGGGAGGGGGUCGAGGGGGCGGCCGCAGUGACUAUGAUUAUGAUUACGACUAUUAUGGUUAUGGAGAUUAUCAAGGUGGCUACAGUGACCCGUAUUACGACGACUAUUACCGUUAUGAAGAUUACUAUUACGAUUACUCCCCUCAACCAAUGGGGCGUGGUCGCACCAAAUCAGUGCCGGCUGGCCGUGGGUAUGGUAUGGCGAGCCGUGGCCGCGGCGCUGGCCCCUCCCCCCGUGGGGGGCGGGGUAUGGUGCCCCGAGGGGGGGCCAUGGGGGGGCGUAUGACUCGGCCGCCGCGCGCGGGGCAGGGGUUCAGAGGGUCCGCCAGGGGGGCAAAUCUAGCAGGUAAAAGAAAGUUGGAUGGCGGGCACCAGAACGAGGGGGACUCUAAGAGACGGUUCCAGAACACCGGUGCUAGCUGGGGGAACCAGCCUAUCCCACAGCAGCCGCUGAGCUCAUACAGUGGGGCCAACGGCAGCACGUACGGCGGGGCAGGCGGGGACCAGCAAUGGUACCACGACAGCUAUCCACAGUCGUGGAGCUGAGGUGUAAGCGGGUGGGCCGCCAGCACCAGGUGUAGAGGGUGGGGCGGGGGCAUGGCGGGGCACAACUCCACCAAGUACAGUAUGUCAGUCUGUCCAGACAAGCCUGAUUUCAGGCACAAAGGACAUUCCUGCCACUUGUAUGUAUGGGAGAAGUAUCGGUGCUUGCACCAGAUAUUGGGCCCAUGGGUGAUGGCCGCCCCACCAAUGCUGCGUCAGUGGGGACUGGAGAGGGUCGGCUGCCGAUUCCCGGCUGAGCUUUAGUUUGGUCGGGGUAAGGGGGCCGCAGUCCACCCCACCAGUGAGACAUGUACCUGAAAAACAUCUCCACCAUACCCAAACCCACCAGGUCAGUUGGGUAAUAAAACAUAACUAAAUCUAGUAGGAGGAAGUCUCACAAGAGUGCUGCUCUAAAUUUUAUCACUGUCAACCACUAGGAUGAAAAAAGCCAAACUGUGUUCAUAGAAAUUUCUCUCCAGUGGUUUUAAUGAGCAGGCUGUUUUAUUCCCGCUUACUUUGUGUUUCACAUGCAAUCUUCUUGUCUUUCAAAUAAAAUCUAAAAGAAUAGUUCCCAAUACAAACCUCUAAUGUCCAGCAGUUUGCCCCCCUAGUUCUGGAGACUAAUCAAUUCAGUGGAAAUGGUUAGUGGAAAAUAGCUGCCCAAAUUCCUGUAUUAGAAUUGAUGUCAAUGAUACAACAUCAGUACCAUUUCCUAUUAUUCAGGUGUGUCCAUCGAUAAAGAUUUUGCCUUCCUCUUCAUUAAGUAUAAUACAAGGUAAUUGUACAGGGGAAAUUGCCAAUGGAAUUUUCUUGUUUAUUAGCAUCUAUAAGCAACUUGUCAAAGUUACGAUAGCAGCAUCAGCAUCAGGUCCUUCCAUCCAGUUUGCCCCAUAAUACACUGUUUAUACUUUUUUUUUUCUUUUUCUUUUUUUAAAUUUUUUUGAAUUAUUAACAUUAUUUUCCCCCCAAAAAAGGCGGUCCUGCAUGCACAUUUCAGUGACCACACUAUUUUCUUUUGGUAUCCCUAAAUGCUGUGUCCACUGAAUAACUCUUGAACCUUGCUACUUGAUUUGUAGUUCUUAGUUGGCAUUAAGCAGAUGCUCAGUGCAAGAUUGAAUCAAUGCUCGUGAACUUAUUGGAAUGUUGUCAAACCAAUUCAAUGGAACCCGGUAAUUUAAGAUUUAACCCAUAUAGAUAUUGCAGUAUUUGAAUUUAAGCAUGAUUUCUAUGGAUUUUCUUAUGUACUAAUUAGAAAGAUCCAUAUUCGAUGAUUGUAGACUGAUUGAGGUGACUGUUGUAGUAUGAUUGGUCAGAUAAUUAAUUUGUUUGGAUCUGUACAUAUCCGGAAUGCAGAUGUUGUUACUCAUUGGGAUCUGUGGAGGGGCGACCAGUGUUAAGACACACACUGCCAGUCACAGGGAAAGAUUUGGUGUGUUUGGAUGACAAAGCAGUUAUCUUUGGUGGAGAUUGGACCAACUGGCUGUGACUAACUUGCGAAGACUUGAAAUGUAAGAGUUUAUUGUGUGUGUUAUCUAGGAGCUAUCAAUAUAGAGGAUUCUUGGGGAUUUGAAAAGUCUUUCAGUUCUCCAAGAUUCCUGUCCGAAAGGAUGAAUUGUAGUUCCUGAUAAUGAAUUGUUGUAUUCAUAGUUAUAAGACUUUCUUGUGAUAAGUAAUGAGAGCUAGUUAUUAGAUGCUCCUUUUUUUCUGAAAUAUCAUGAAUUGUAUGAUAAUCGGACUGCACACUGAUAAGCUGUGCAAAAGCUAAUAUUUUUAUGGGCUUUUGUUUGGCCUUUAUUCUUUUAAAUGUGUUAUUACAAGAUGUGAAUUUAUUAAUCUAAGUUUGUUUUGGUCAAAAGAUAAAUAUGUAUUACCUAAACAAAAGUUAUUCUAAUAUUCUAAUUUUAUGAGAUUAAAAAAGAGCUAGGCAAUUAGAUAUAUUACAUGUAAUACUGCAGCUUGAUUAGUAAUGAUUGGAGUGUGAUUUUAAGCUGCAGUAUAAUCAAUUUGACCCUCAAGUUUUAGACUUGUGAUGACCUUGAACCAGACUUAUGUACUACACGCUGAGAAUUGGCACUAGAAUGAUCUUUGGCUCUGUAAGAAAAAAACUAAAAAGAAAAAAGAUUAAAAAAAGGUUGAGAAAGAUUCAGUGGAAAUUCAAAUAUUUCAGCUUCUGCCAGAUUUAUGAAUUGGGUAUGCCAGUUGUGGUGUUGGCUACAAUAUGUCACUAAUUUUUGUGACCAUGCAGCUUGCACCAGCCUUCGGUUGUGUGCUUUUUACUGCAUGUGUUUAUUAUCUUAUUUAAUACUACCUGCACUAAAUAUCUGGGCAUUAAAUGUUAUUGCUUUUUAUAAUUUUUAUAUGUAGAUGAUAUUUGCAAAGAUGUAUUUUAAAAAUUGCAAAGGUUAUUUGCAUACAAGUCUCCUAAAAUGAAUAACUUGACUCCUGUAGCUAUGGACAACACGCUGGACUUGAUUACAUUUUUUAUUACACAUUUCAAUUAUAUAGAGAAAAAAAUUCACCAUGUGUCAUUGUACUUUCUGGGACAUCAUAAAGCUAUAUAGACAAAAUGGAAAAAUGUAUGCCAUGAAAUAUUCCAGAAUUUGGCCCAGUUUCAUGUACUAAUGGGUCACUGUAAAAUAUUAAGACAUUUGCCAUCUAGUUGUGGUAGUAGGGUCGCUGUGGUAUUAUGCAUUGUGGCGAGUGAAGGUCGGUUAUCAACAGGCUUCAAACUUGUAUGCCAUUCCUGUUAACACUAGCCUUACUGCAUAAGUCUUGUCAUUUCUAAAACAGGAUUGAGCAUGUGCCACUUAGAUUUUCUUUCUGAUCUAUAAUCCUGCAAAAUAUAUUGUGGAAAGAGUUUACUUUGUUAGAACAUUUUUCUUUAGUUUUAUCUACCAUACCGUCGAUGACACAACGUCCACAAAACUUUUUAAAAGUUUGUCAGGAGAUAUUGGUGAUGUAUGCCUGUAUUGUCCAUUGUAAGGUUUGUAGUUUGUUCAAGAGGUGGUUGCCUUAGCCAAGAGGACUGAAGGGAGGGUAGUACCACAAGCUGGAUCUUGGGAGUCCGAGGCUCGACUGUACCCAGUGAUUGAAUGGAAGUAAAGGAGAUUUCCAUUG